AGUACAACUUGAGUACGUGCCAGGCAUCAUGGUACGUUCCGCCGCCACUCUUGUCUUGUGUUGUCGUUUAUUCUCCACCUGCUCUUGUGUCUUAGCUCGUGUUUAAAGGGCUUCAUGCGCUGAAGGGAGCGGCUCGGCUGCAGAGGAGCAACUUGGUGAGAAGAAACCCAGUGAAAGUAGGUGAUAUGCAGCCUUACAAACUGUCAGCAAGCUGCUAGCUACCUUUAGCCUUUGAAGCUCAGCUGGUCACGUAAUGCUAGCCUCUAACCUGCCAAAUACGGGCUCUAUAUAAGAUAACUAGUUUAAUAGCAAGCUAACGGCUGUUCCCGCUGUGUUGUCGUGGAGCUGAAGGAAGUCGUGUGAAGUGAAGUUAUAACCGGGUCGCCCGCAGCGAGGGGAGAGUCUGGUGACCUUCCCUGACAGCUGGGUUUGUGGUCCACUUCAUGGCUGUGAAUGAACAAUAACUACAUCUGGCCAGAAGACUGACAGGACCCAAUAUGUCAGCUACGUAACAGCGGUAAACACCACGACCCUCACUCGACACUUAUAUUUGGAGUUUAAUUUAAGUUUCUGGUCGUGUGUCCACGUGUAAAAAUGGCUCGCCGCUCAGCGGUGAACGUGUGGUGCCUUGGGAGUCGAGCUGUCAGCCUGCUGUAUGGAAGCUCACUUCGUCCCCUCCACACCUCAGUCUGCAACGCUUCAUCAAAGCCCAAAGCUGGAUUCAGACCGGAGAAGGUAGCAGUGGUUACAAAGACGACACGGUAUGAGUUUGAGCAGCAGCGGUAUCGCUAUGCAGGACUUUCUGAAGAAGAUCUGAAACAGCUGCUUGCCAUGAAGGGCUCCAGUUACAGCGGCCUUCUGGAAAGACACAAUAUUCACACCAACAAUGUGGAACACAUUGUAAAGAGCCUGCGGAAAGAAGGUAUUGAUGUACGAGUAGUAAAGAGAGGAGAAUACAGUGAAGAGGUGGUGCGAUGGGCAAAUGCCAUAAUCUCUGCUGGAGGUGAUGGAACAAUGCUACUUGUUGCCAGUAAGGUUUUAAGCAAGGACAAACCAGUUGUUGGAGUAAACACAGACCCUGAGAGGUCAGAAGGACAUCUGUGUCUGCCUGUACGCUACACUUGUGCCUUUCCAGAGGCACUGGACAAACUCUGUCGUGGUGAGUUCAGGUGGCUGUGGCGUCAGAGGAUCCGUCUGCACUUAGAGGGCACAGGAAUAAAUCCCACUCCUGUGGACCUGCACGAACAGCAACUAAGCCUGGAGCAGCAUAGCCAAGCUCACCGCAUCACCACCAUGGAAAGCCAGCGGAGGACAGGGACACUGCAGGAGAGUUUCAUCAAGCCUAGCCUCCUCCCUAUUAGAAGCUUGAAUGAAAUCUUCAUCGGAGAAUCCCUGUCUUCCAGGGUGAAGUUAAAAUCCUUCAAUCCCCAUGUUAACCUCUUGCUCCAUAGGGCUUCCUACUAUGAGAUCUCAGUCGAUGAUGGCCCUUGGGAAAAGCAGAAGAGUUCAGGACUCAGUAUUUGCACAGGAACGGGAUCCAAAGCCUGGUCAUACAACAUCAACAAACUUGCUGAACAAGCUGUGGAAGAGGUUCUUAAAAUUGGAAAGUCCCAGGCAGGUCUUGAUAUCCCGCUUAACCGAGAGUUUAUUGAGAAGGUUACAGACAAAUACAACGAGUCUCUGGUGUUCAGUCCAGAUGACAGCCGCUUGUUCUACAGUGUCAGGGAGCCCAUCGUCAACAGAGUCUUCUCCAGCAGUCGGCAGAGAGGCUUUGCCAGCAAGGUGUGUGUCCGCUCUCGGUGUUGGGAUGCCUGCAUGGUGGUGGACGGCGGUACCUCCUUUGAGUUUAAUGAUGGUGCCAUCGCCACUAUCAGCACGAGCGAGGAGGACCAGCUCCGGACAGUCGUUCUGGAAAACUGAGGCAAAUCCAGAGCUCAGGACACCUGACUGGUUUCUCUUGAGCCAACAGUGUUCAAAAGGAUGUGGUCAAAGGGAAGCCCCUGCUUUUAGCCUACACAGGGGCUAUUUUUUACCUGGUAAAAGGUAUUAUUGUUGCUUUUGUUAUUUGUGUUUUUUUUCCCCAAAAUAUUUUUUUUCCUAUUUAGAUUGUUUUCUUUUGCUUUUUUUCUCCAUGCCACUAGGCGAUGCCAUGUUAAAAUCCAUUUUGUACUGUAGAUACUGUGAGACAGCAUUUAAAGUGUGUCACCAGAAACUACCUGUCACUGCAUCAGGGUCACAGGGAACAUCUAUGCUAGAGCAGAGAGAACAGAUCAGUGAUACAGAGGGCUUUUGUUAAUAGAAGGCACACUGAUUGUUGUAAAUAUGUAUCUAUUUCACAUUUUCUUUGGAGCAGCGACUUGUGUCGUUCUGUCAACCAGUUUCUACAUAGCCUUGAUGACGAUGCAUGUCUGUUUGUGCAUUAGCGGCCGCAUUCACAAAGGAUCUUAUCUUCCGACUAGAGAAUUGAGAUUGAUUAACAAGUGAACGGUCAAUCCAAGAGUUAAGAUUUUAUGGUUGUUUAUUAAACUGUCAGGCAAAGAUGGAUUUUAAGAGCAUUUUUGGUUUGAUGAAUAGUUAUGUGCCAGCUGAAAUAUUUCAGUUUAUUGAGGUUGCAAACUGUGUUUUUGCGAUGUCACAUAGCGGAGUUUAUCGUGUCACCUCCUGUGUUUUUGAGUUUUUUCAACUUGUCAGUGAGCUGAUUCAAUCCUGAUGAAACAAGAAUCACUACUGGCAGCGCAUCACUAUGAGCCGUUCCUAGUACAGAAAUCCACUGCUGCCUGUAACUUCACUUAGAUUUUUGGAGUUACUUUUAGCAGUAACAGCCCUUUGGAAUUCUUGUCAGAUGAAGUUUGGACUAACAGGACUGUUUUGGAAAUUUUUCUUAUCUCAGCUACUGAGAAGCCACUUGUAGCCUGAGAAUGUUUGCAAAUAUGACCUCAGAUUGUGAUGUGGUUUCACACCAGUUUCCACUGGUUCAUGACUGUUGAAGGAUAGCAUUGAAGUUAUUCUGUAUCAUAUAUAUAUAUGUUUUUUUGUUGUCAGCCGAUCCCAAUGACUCUGGCUCUGUCUGUGUAUCUCAGCCUCAAGUACAGCUCACAGUUAUAUAGUUCCUUAAUUAGCUGGUCCCUGUUUUAUCAAACAUUACUCAAACAGGAAGAAAAAGUGAAUUUAUUGGAGACUUUUUAUAGCAGUGGAUUAAUCUGCACAGGGUGCCAUACUGAGUAUGUGUGGGAGCAGGAUGGUGUAUGUGGGAUUGAGGUCAAAAUAAAGUAGUGUGUGUUCUUAGUAGUGAUGAACAUUCAAUGACAUGUUUUUGCACAGUUUGUGGACAAGCCUUUGAGACACACACAGUACCCGUUGGCAAGAUACAAUCAUUGUUGGAUUGGGUCUGCGCAUGGGAUUUGUUGACACUGAAAAAAAAAUCUCAACUGUCAGCAGACUUUGUGCUGAAAGUAUAGCAGAUGUAAAUUUAUAGGGUAAAUGAAAACACAGCCACUGUUACGGCUUGUUGUCUGAGUAUAGAUAUUUUUGAAACAUAGCUUAUUUUUUUUCUACCUGCUUAAGCAAUAAUUACAGUUUUUGGGUACAAAAAAUAAAGACAAAUGCACUAAAGAAAGAACUCUGUGUUUAAAAGAGCAUUAUGCUCCAUGCUUUUAGGUCAAAUGUGUGUCUUGUCACAAGACAGGAAAAUGAGCUUUGGAAAUGCUACUGAAAUAGCAGCAUGUGCCUGAGGCGGACAUGUCAAACUGCAGAGUUUAAACUGUAUUGAACCACAUGUUUAGCCUGUAACAACACUAAAUGUUUGCACAAUACUAUUCACAGAUUCUGAAAUUAUAGAGGACAGAUUGAUGAGCACAGUGGAGCAGUUGUAAUGAUUUAAAUGUAUAAUAAAAAUUGAGCAGAUCUUUUGUAUAUUUUUAUAAUUCGACUUCGUCCGUUAAAAAAAACAAAAAAAACUAUGUAUCUUGUAACACCUCCUGGCCUGGAUGUGUGGCCAAAGGUGUUCUUUUUGAGGGGUUUAUAUCACAAACUGAUUCGGAAAUUGUGUCAUGCAGCGUGCCAAAGGCAAGGUUCCUCAUGGAAACACUGUCGCUGUGUUAGGAUGUGUUUUGUUUGGAACUGGAUAAAGUGGUAUGAAACAGAAA